AUGGCUGGAAAGAGGAAUAGACAUAAUAGAAAUAGGCGUGGAAGUCUUGAUGAAUCGCACGAUGAAAAUUUAGAUGAAUAUGAUGAAAAUAGCGAUGGAUUUGAAUCCAAGAGACCGAGACGAGUAAUUUCAUACAAUGAAGAAGAUGGUGAGGAUGAAGAUGAGGAAGAAAAAAAUUACAAUAAUCCCAACGACGAAAAUACUGGCGCCGAUGAAGAAGGUUUGAGCACAUCUAGAAGGACUAGAUACAAAUUUACAAACGACGAGGAACAGAAUGACGAGCCUAUUGAUGAUGUUGAAGGUGCAAACGUAUCAUCGGCAUCAGAAGAAGUUAAAGAUGAUAAUGAAGAAGAAUACGUUGAAGAUGAUGAAGAUGAAGAUGAUGACAAUAUAACUCAGAGACGGAGAAGACCCAGAAGGGCACAGGUCUCUGAUGAAUCUGAUUUCCAAGAUUCAGCCAGUGAAGCCUCGGACGAUUUUUUAGAAAAAUUACAGGAAAAAAACUUCAUAGCUUCAGAAGAUGAUGACGAUGAAGAUAACAAUUAUGGGUAUACUAAACGCUCUAAGAGAAGCAGGAGACUUCGCUCAAGAUCAAAAUCUGUUGAACCUAGAAGGCGCGGUCGUUCAGCUAAAGUGAUCCUGGAUGAAGAUAAUGAAGCAAAUGAGUCUGCCGAGGAAGAGGAUAGCAUUCAAAAAGAGAUUGAUGAAUUGUAUGAUUCUUCUCCAAACAAUACCCCAAUGAAGCAUAAAUUACGAGAAAGGGACAAUAAAGUGGAUUAUACUAUCCCACCUCCAAUGACGAACGAAGCUCACGCAGACCCAUAUAGUGCGGGCCCUAUAAUUCCACCAUUCUCCAGAGGAAGGGGUCGCAAGCCAACAAACAUUAAAAAUGAAUAUAGGAAAAUUCUCUUUCCUACGGCUGGUCCUUUCGGCGGAAGCGAUGUAAUUUCAUUAUUUGGAACCAAUAUCCCUCCCGGCGGUAUUCCAAUUCCUGGCAUGACAAAUGACAAUAAUUUAACAGCCAUUGGCCAGAAUGUGAGUGAUUCGGAUUCCUCUGAAGAUGAAAUAGCCCCCAUAAACGGAGAAGCUACAGUAUCGAAGAAAAUUAGCAAACCUGUAAAUAAUGCGAAUAAUGGUACACAUUUGAUUACUGGUGGCUCUUCGGACUCAAAGGAUAGAAAGAAAAAUAAUUUGAGCGAUACUGAUCCUUUGGGAGUGGAUAUGAAUAUUGAUUUUUCUGUAGUAGGUGGUUUAGAUAACUACAUCAACCAGUUAAAAGAAAUGGUCGCACUACCACUACUUUAUCCGGAAUUGUACCAAAAUUUCGGUAUAACUCCUCCAAGAGGUGUGCUUUUUCAUGGGCCUCCAGGAACUGGUAAAACAUUAAUGGCCAGGGCUUUGGCAGCCAGUUGUUCUACAUCUCAACAAAAGAUUACAUUCUUUAUGAGAAAAGGUGCAGAUUGUUUGAGUAAAUGGGUAGGAGAAGCGGAGAGGCAAUUAAGGUUAUUGUUUGAAGAAGCUAAGAAUCAACAACCGGCAAUUAUAUUCUUCGAUGAGAUUGAUGGUUUAGCACCUGUACGAUCCUCUAAACAAGAACAAAUUCAUGCAAGUAUUGUGUCUACUUUAUUAGCCUUAAUGGAUGGUAUGGAUAACAGAGGUCAAGUUAUUGUCAUUGGUGCUACGAAUAGACCAGAUUCGGUUGACCCUGCUUUGAGAAGACCAGGGAGGUUUGACAGAGAAUUUUAUUUUCCAUUACCUGAUAUUAAUGCAAGAAAAGAAAUUUUGCAAAUUCAUACAAGAAAAUGGACCCCCCCUUUAUCUGAAGAGUUCACUAAUAAGGUUGCUGAAUUAACGAAGGGAUAUGGAGGUGCGGACUUAAGAGCCCUUUGCACAGAAGCAGCUCUUAACAGUAUUCAAAGAAAGUACCCUCAAAUUUAUAAGACAAAUGAUAAGUUGCAAGUAGAUCCAUCGAAGAUUAAAGUUGUCGCAAAAGAUUUUAUGCGAGCUAUCGAAAAGAUUGUACCUUCAAGUGCAAGGUCAACAUCUUCAGGUUCUGCUCCAUUACCUAAUCACUUAAAACCACUUCUCGAAGUGCCGCUCGCCGAAAUUACCGAUAAACUAAACGAUUUACUUCCUAAUUCAAUUUCGGUAGGAAAUAAGAAGAAGCUUACUACCCUAGAUGAAGCUUUGUAUCUCGAUCCAACUGCUAAAGAUAGCGAUGGGGGAUUUUCAAAACAAGAAUUGUUGAAGAGUUUAGAGAAUUCACGUAUUUGCAAGCCACAUUUAUUAAUUUGUGGCAAUCAGGGAAGUGGGCAACAGUACAUCAGUGCUGCUAUAUUAAACUACUUGGAAGGAUUUCAGGUACAAUCCCUUGAUAUGGGUAAUAUGUUUGGAGAUCCAACUCGAACUCCAGAGCUGAGCAUUGUCCAAGCAUUUAUUGAAGCGAGAAGACACCAACCAUCCAUAGUAUUUAUUCCAAAUAUUGAUAUUUGGUUCAAGGUUGUUCCUUAUACUGCUCAAGCAACAUUAAAUGGAUUAUUGAGAUCCCUUAAGAGCAAUGAAAAGGUUUUAUUAUUGGCAGUUUCCGAGACAAGUAUGGAUAACUUGGACCCAGAAAUUAAGUCGAUCUUUGGAUUCAAUAAUUCAGCAAAUAACGUAGCAUUGAAUAACCCAUCACGAAAAGAAAGAUUGAAAUAUUUCAAGACAUUGAAAAAUACCCUAUUGAUGAAGCCAUACGAAUUUGUCAAUGAUUUAGAGAACAGACCAAGGCGAAAGUUGAAGACAUUAAAGGUUGUACCUUCAAUUAAGAAUGAAAAUGCGGAAGUUCUUACCAAGAAGAAAUUAAAGCAAAUUGAAUAUGAUGAUACUAAGUUAAAAAAUAUAUUAAAAAUUAAGUUAGCAGGGUUGAUGGAUUUAUUCAAGAAUCGUUAUAAGCGAUUCAGAAAACCAGUGGUGGAUGAAGCUUUCUUGUACCACUUAUUCGAGCCUAGUAUCUUGCAAAAUCCGUUGAACAACUACGAAGUUUUGUACGUAAAAUCUGACGAUCCGGAUAAGGAAAAUAUGAUCAAAGAAAUUUCUACUGGGAAAUAUUACUACAAUAUGGAUUUGGAUAUUAUAGAAGAAAGACUUUGGAAUGGCUACUACUCAGAGCCUAAGCAAUUUUUAAAAGAUAUCAAGAUGAUUGUCAAAGAUUCGAUUACUUCUGGAGACAGAGAAAGAAUAUUGAAAGCAAAUGAGAUGUUAACUAAUGCUCAAUUUGGUAUUGAUGAUUUUUGCAAUCCUGAUUUUGUUAAAGCUUGUAAAGAGAUGAGAAAUAGAGAAGUAGAGAAACAAUCAAAAAUUCUUAAGGAACACCAAAAGCUAGAGGCAGAGUUUAGAAAGAAGCAGCUUCAAAAUAUACAGAAUUUGACUAGCUUGAAUGGCGGAAGCAAUGAAACUGGCGCUUCUGAAGCCGUGCCUAUCAAUGUGGAUGUGGCUGAAAGCAAGCAGACACAGGAUGGAAGUAUUGACAUAGAAAUGAAAUUGAGUGAACAUCUUGAAACUUCAGAAAAAGCAGAUGUCAAUUGUCAAGAUCCAACCGUAGUAGAGAACGGAAAAAUACUCCAAGAUCCAGAGAAUCAAGCAAAUGAACAACCAGAUGCCGAAUCUGAGUCUGAGCCCGAAGAAGAGUUACUCAUAGACCCAUCAAGGGAGCUUAUUAUUCCUGAAGAAGCCGACACCUUUUUCAACAGAAUAUUGCCCGAAUUAACCGAUAGUUAUAAUAUUGAGAACUUGGAAGUUGCUAUGGCCAGAUUUAUGGAUAUUAUUUGGGCUGACAGAAGUACAUGGGAUAAAGGCAACACCGUAAGCAAAUUGACUGAAAGUGCGAACAGUCUUAGUCAAUUAAUGUCUAAUGGACUUUAG